AGCUUUCAGAGUAGAUGGGGUAGAGGACGUUGGCUAGCUAGCCUCCAUUCUUUGCUACCGUAACAACACGACUGUAACAUCGCGGUAACUAACGAACGGAAGACUUUACGCAAUACGAACGGUGUCAGUUGGUAGCCAUUGCAUAUGUGUGCGACCGUUCCUCUGUAAAUCACAGCCAGCCAAAUGUUUCGAAACGGCGGGUGUAUAUUUAUCCCAUGCUGCCGUUGCCGACUUGCCUUGAAACGUUGUUGUCACAUUAGUCCCGCUUCCGUAAUAACCGGGGAUGUCUGCAAGGUUAACCGGGCCGCGGACUGGGUACUGAUUGCGCGUUGGUUGUGAGUCCUCGUUAGAGACUGCUAGUUGCCACUAAAUCGCAAUAUGAGAGUUGGUUUUGCAUAAGCAUUGAAGGGAUAGCAAAUUUGAAUUGAUUGGCCAUGGAGCCCUUCAGUCUGCAGGUGCUGGCCAUCUCAUUGGUCAGUUUGCUGUGUUUCCAAUGGCUGUUCCACAGUGCCAGCCCGUGGUUGUCAGCCAGACUGUGCCCUCGCUAUGUCAGUCUCAGGUCCACUAACUCAGUGGAGUGGAACUCCAGGACGGUGUCCACGCUUCAUGCUCUGAUAGUGGGCCUCUUCUGCCUCUACAUCCUGCAGUUUGAUGACGCUGUCAACGCAGACCCAGUCUGGGGAGACCCAACGCUGGUCAGGAUCAACGUCGCCAUAACAACAGGCUACCUGGCAUCAGAUAUGCUGCUGCUCUGUUUCUAUUGGAGGGCCAUAGGAGACGCCUAUUUCAUAGUUCACCACUUGGCGGCGCUGUUUGCUUGCUACUAUGUACUGGGGGAGGGCAUGCUGCCGUACUUUGCUAACUUCCGCCUGCUGGCUGAGUUCUCCACACCGUGCGUCAACCAGCGCUGGUUCUUUGAGGUGCUGGGCUACGCCAAGUCCUCCACACCCAACAUGAUCAAUGGCCUGGCUAUGACCCUAACCUUCUUCCUGGUCCGCGUGGCUGUCAUGCCCUUCUACUACAGCCGCAUGUGGGCUGUGAUUGGCUCAGAGGCCUACUACCGUGUGACCCCGGGGGGGCGGGCCGCCUGGAUAGGCCCCUCCCUCUGCCUGGACGUCAUGAACCUGCUGUGGAUGCACAAGAUGGCACGCGGGUGCCUCAGGGUCCUAAAGUCCAUCAGUAAACAGUCGCCGGAGAAACUGCCGAAAGGAAGGGUGGCGGUGAGGGAGGGGAGGAGCGACUAAGCCUAGGGAGGAGAGGAGGAGGGACGGAGGGAUGAACAGACAACAGAAGAGUGAGGAGAGCUCGGCUCCUUGCUCAUUUGGACUUUCUGCUGGACUCCUUGUCGUCUGUGUGUGUGUUCGUUCACUUGUGUGUUCGUGGAUGUGUGUGUGUGUAUGCGGAUAGGUGUGUGUGUGCGAGAGUGUGUGUGUAUAUAUAUAUAUAUGUGUGUAUAGGUAUGUGUUGCUCAAGUCUGUAUUCCCUGAAGUGACCUUCUGUAGCACAUACAUCAUGGACUGAUGUAGUUUUCCCUGCGACAAUGGAAGUGUUCUUAACACAACCAGCCACCCACCUCAACGCUUGGUAACGCACCACUCUUCACCACACCCAGGCCCCGACCCCCACCCUCCCACCUCACCACUCCUCACCACACCCAGGCCCCGACCCCCACCCUCCCACCUCACCACUCCUCACCACACCCAGGCACCGACCCCCACCCUCCCACCUCACCACUCCUCACCACACCCAGGCCCCGACCCCCACCCUCCCACCUCACCACUCUUCACCACACCCAGGCCCCGACCCCCACCCUCCCACCUCACCACUCCUCACCACACCCAGGCCCCGACCCCCACCCUCCCACCUCACCACUCCUCACCACACCCAGGCCCCGACCCCCACCCUCCCACCUCACCACACCCAGGCCCUGACCCCCACCCUCCCACCUCACCACUCCUCACCACACCCAGGCCCCGACCCCCACCC